AUGCAAAUGUGCCUCCCAGCCCGCUCCCCCGGCUGGGUUUCCCGGCGACGACUCCUCGACCAAAACCUCUCCGACCUCCACCGAUGCACAAACCUCGCCCACAUCAAACAAGUCCACGCCCAAAUCCUCAAAGCCCAUCUCCACCAAGACCCCCACACCGCCCCAAAACUCAUCGCCGCCUUCUCUCUCUGCCGCCACAUGGCCCUCGCCGUCAACGUCUUCAACCAAGUCCACCACCCCAACGUCCACCUCUACAACACCCUCAUCCGGGCCCACAUUCACAACAACCAACCCUCCCAAGCUUUCGCCGCCUUCUUCGACAUGCAGGCCCACGGCGUCUAUCCGGACAAUUUCACCUUCCCUUUCUUAUUGAAAGCUUGUUCCGGCAAGGGUUAUCUACACGUGGUGUUAAUGAUCCAUGCUCAGAUCGAGAAAUUCGGGUUUUGUGGGGACAUUUUCGUGCCGAAUUCGUUAAUCGAUACAUACUCAAAGUGUGGAUUGGAGGGCGUCGGCGCGGCGAGGAAGCUGUUUAGAGUCAUGGAGGAGAAAGAUAUCGUUUCUUGGAACUCGAUGAUUGGGGGGUUGGCGAGAGCUGGGGAGCUGAGUGAUGCACGCCAGCUGUUUGAUGAGAUGCCUGAGAGAGAUGCGGUGAGCUGGAACUCGAUACUGGAUGGGUACGCGAAGGCGGGGAAGAUGGAUGAAGCGUUUGAGUUGUUUGAGAGGAUGCCGCAGAGGAAUGUGGUGUCUUGGUCGACUCUGGUUUCGGGGUAUAGCAAAGUUGGGGAUAUGGGGAUGGCGAGGAUGAUGUUUGAUAGGAUGCCGUUUAAGAAUUUGGUUCCCUGGACUAUUAUUAUAUCCGGGUAUGCUCAGAAGGGGCUUGCUAAGGAGGCCAUUAUGUUGUAUGAUCAGAUGGAGGGAGAUGGGUUGAAGCUGGAUAAUGGGGCUAUUAUUAGUAUACUGGCUGCUUGCGCGGAGUCUGGUUUGAUUGCGUUGGGGAAGAAGGUUCAUGAAUCUAUUGAGAGGAAUAGGUUCAAAUGUAGUACUCCGGUUUUGAAUGCGUUGCUUGAUAUGUAUGCCAAGUGUGGUGGCUUGGAGGAAGCGUAUAGAGUGUUUGAUGGGAUAGCGAGGAAAGAUUUGGUGUCGUGGAAUUCGAUGCUCCAAGGGUUAGCCAUGCAUGGACAUGGUGAGAAAGCGCUUCAGCUGUUUUCUAGAAUGGAGAAAGCUGGGUUUAGGCCGGAUAAAGUCACCUUUAUCGGAGUGUUAUGUGCCUGCACGCAUUCAGGGUUUGUGGAGGAGGGGCUUGAUGUAUUCCAUAGGAUGGAAAAAGAGUAUGGGAUUGUACCCGAAGUUGAGCAUUACGGUUGCAUGAUUGACCUUUUGGGUCGGGGAGGGCGUCUCAGGGAAGCUUUUAGGCUUGUGUAUAGCAUGCCAAUGGAACCGAAUGCUGUUAUCUGGGGUACCCUUUUGGGGGCGUGCAGGAUGCAUAAUGAUAUUGAACUAGCAGAGAAGGCCCUGGAUCAGCUGGUUAAGUUAGACCCAUCAGAUCCAGGAAAUUUUUCCAUCGUGUCAAAUAUGUAUGCUGCCGCUGGUGAUUGGGAAAACAUGGCUAAUAUGAGGCUGCAAAUGAGGAGCAUAGGAGUCCAGAAAACUUCAGGGGCCAGUUCCAUCGAGGUGGAUGAUGAGGUACAUGAAUUUACAGUGUUUGAUAGAGUUCAUCCUUAUUCAAGCGACAUAUAUGGGAUGAUUAACAGACUAGGCGAGGACCUGAAGCAAGUUGACACAUCCUCAACAAGUAUUAGUGUAUUACCAUUAGAAUAG